GACAGUGAUGUAUGGUGUUAACACACAGCUACAGGCUGUGCAGAAUAAUGUCAACUGCCACACAACAGAGUACCAGCGUUGUCUGACAUAGUCAUGUGCAUACUUUUUGUAUCAUGUGUAUAAAUGGUGUAUGUACAUGAUCUACAUGAUGUAUGAUCAUGAUAAUACUGACAUACAAUAAUCAAACAAUAGUUAUCAUUGUAGUAAUUCUAAGAAUACUACCUCAAUUACAUCUCUGCCAUCAAUCCUGUAUUUUGGCUUCAGUAACACUCACCAGGCCACAAAGUUGCGACUAAAUGGGUCACCAUGGCGAUCUAGUUUUGUAUUUUGCAACUGGUAUUUUCAUGUCAGUCGCCAACUGGCUCCUUGCCUUUAAUUAAGUUUGGCGACUAAAUAUCUCUUGUCAUAAGAUAUUAAAAAAGAUCGUUUUUAAUAUAAGUGCGGUAACUUCAGUGAAGAAAAUCGAUAUCAAAACAUAAUAACAUCGACUAGAUCACUCACUGCUAGGCCAUGUGUACUGUUUCCGCUUUCGAUAUGAAGCUCCAUACCUUUGAUGAAGGAAGCGCUUUUUGUUAUUAAGUAAUGCACUAACGAUGUUAAGAGUUUAAUAUCCAUGCAUGCGCUGUACGACAUCCGCCCAGGUGACAUCUAUGGCGGUCGUUUCGCCGAAGUAUUUUUCCAUAUUUGCGAAAACCACAACAACAAAACGUCAAUCGGCAAAUGAUAAUGACGACUGCGCUCCCCAAAAGCGGAAUGCUGUCGACGCGUUGGAUAAACCAAAACAAACAUUCAAACAGAAAUGGCUCAAAUAUUCGUGGCUGAAAUAUGAUUCAGAGAAGAAUGUUAUGAGUUGUCGCCAUUGUUCAGCAUAUCCCAUGUGUGCUGGAAAGACCGAUUUUGUCUUGGGUACAUCACACUUCAAGAAGGAAACGAUCAUCAAACAUUCAACAAGUGCCAAACACCUGUACUGCAGAGACAUUUGUUUGAAUAAACAAACUAGGACCAAACCAGUGAUUCGGGGUUUCCAGAAACAAGAGUGCAUUACGUCUGAGGUUAUUAAGAAUGAUUUAAUAAUCAAAAUGAACACUGCUUACACAUUAGCAAUGGAGGAAAUGCCUUUCACCAAGUUUAGGUCUUUACUACUUCUUCAAAAGAAGAAUGGCCUUGAUGUCUCUUAUGAUUAUGCAAAUGAAGUAAAGUGCGCAGAAUUUGUGGCAACAAUUGCGUCAGAGAUGAAGGCAUUAAUGAAUGUCCAUAUUACUCCGUCAUGUUUGACAGUGCGACUGACAACUCUAUCAAAGAAACAGAGGCUGUCAUUGUCAGAAUCAUAAAGGAUGGUAAACCUGUGAACAGACUUUUAGGUAUUGCCGAGCUAAAACAUGCCCAUGCAGAUGGAAUUCUAGAAGCGGUCUCCGACCAGUUCAUGAGAGUGAAACAGGAAAAUUUCAAAGAGAAUUUAGUGUCGUUUUGUGCUGACGGGGCAUCUGUUAAUCAUGGAGAAACUGGAGGGGUCAAGGCCAAGCUUAGACAACAGUGUCCUUGGAUGAUUGGCAUUUGGUGUUUACCUCAUAGACUUGAACUUGCAGUGAUGGGUAUGAUAAAGGCAAAUGAGAGUGCAUCAGAGGUCAUGAGGCUGUUGGAUUUUCUUUACAAGACCUACCAUUACAGCUGUAAGAGCCGCCGUGAGCUGCAUAUGAUGGCAGAACAACUGGGAUUUCAGUCCAGAAAUCCAAGCAGGGCAACUGGGACGAGAUGGUGCCCUCAUCUUGCCAAAGCCUUGACCAUUCUUCUCAGUGACAGUGGCAAGUAUGCAGUGAUAACACAACAUGCUGAACAUAUUUCAGUGACGAGCAAGAAUUCAAAUGUCCAGGGCAGGGCGAAAUUUGUGCUAAAGCGGUUGGAGACAUUCAAAUUUGCUGCAUUUUGUCAUUUCCUUCUGGAUCUGUUGACAACCAUCUCCAAGUUGAGCCUUUUUCUACAGAGCGAGAGAACAAUUCUUCCAAGCGCUGUUGCAGCCAUCCAGACAUGCCUCACUGCAGUUGAGACCAUGGAUGUUAGAGUUCAGCCUGGGGGACAUUUAGAGGCAUUUCUGAAGAUGACAGCUUCUUUGCAGCAGUCUGAUGAAGUUGUAUCCCUACAAGGUGUCAUCCUGAAGAAGACCCCAGAGGAAAUUGACACAGACUUGAACACCUUACCACUUACUCUCUCUCGGGACAUCAAGGUUUCAGCCAGAAAAACAGCGGAGGGUUUGUCUGACCGUUUCAAGGCUCUUCUAGGAGGUACUCACUGGGAUGACAUUACUGAUGGUGCUGCCAAGGCUGUUGCCUGCUUCAAGAUUUUCAACCCAGACACAUGGCCUGAUAACAUACCAGAGCUUUCAUCUCAUGGGGAAGAACAACUCCAGUACCUUAUUGAAUGGUUCAGGAGUAGACUCAUCAGGAACAGAUGUGAUGUGAAUGCAGUGAUUCACCAGUGGAGACUCUUCAAACAGCUGGUCAGCGCAGAGUUUCAAGACAAGAACUACACCAGUCUCUAUGCAGUACUUCUCACCAAGGAACCAUACAAGACAGACUUUAAGGAUCUUCUUCACCUAAUCCAAGUGAUGCUGGUUAUUCCCGUUACAUCUGCUAGCUGUGAGCGCAUCUUCUCAGCCCAGAAACGCAUAAAGUCUGACUCAAGAUCAUCCCUUGGUGUUGAGACACUGGAGGAUCUCAUAAGAAUAUCUGGUGAUGGACCCAGCCUACAAGACUUCACACCACAACCAGCAGUUCUCAGGUGGAUAAAGUGUAGUACACGCCCACGACGCCCUCUUUACAAACAGUGGCCAGCAGAACUUGAAGUGGAAACCUCCUACAGCGACAGUACCUUCAGUGACUCCUGCUGCUGCUCUGAUGAUGUUACUGAUACAAUGUUGUUCAGAAUAUAAAACUGAUCAUUCAAACCAA